GAAGACGCCGCGCCCGCUGGGAGUCAGGGGCAAGUGGGCGGAUGACGGAUAACCGGGUGAUGGAUGGCCAAACUUCGCCCGAGGCCGAGGUGGCCGAGCUGGAGCUUGAGGCCGUGAUCGGCUUCAAUGGACAUGUACCCACUGGUCUGAAAUGCCAUCCUGACCAGGAGCAUUUGAUCUAUCCUCUGGGAUGCACCGUCCUCAUUCAGGCGAUCAAUAUUCAUGAACAGAAUUUCCUACACGGUCACGGCAACAACGUCUCCUGUGUGGCCAUCUCCAAAAAUGGGGACUAUAUCGCCUCUGGCCAAGUCACGUUCAUGGGGUUCAAGGCAGAUAUCAUUUUGUGGGAUUACAAGAAAAGGGAGCUGAUUGCUCGGCUGUCACUUCACAAGGGCAAAAUCGAGGCUCUGGCCUUCUCGCCAAAUGACCUGUACUUGGUGUCACUAGGAGGUCCCGAUGAUGGGAGUGUGGUGGUGUGGAGCAUAGCCAAGAGGGACGCCAUCUGCGGCAGCCCUGCAGCCGGCCUCAACGUGGGCAACGCCACCACGGUGAUCUUCUCAAAUUGCAGGGACGAGAUGUUCAUUACUGCUGGGAACGGGACAAUUCGAGUGUGGGAACUGGAUCUCCCAAAUAGAAAAAUCUGGCCAACUGAGUGUCAAACAGGCCAGAUGAAAAGAAUAGUCAUGAGCAUCACUAUGGCCGACGAUGACAGCUUUUUCUACCUUGGCACCACAACUGGUGAUAUUCUGAAAAUGAACCCAAGGACGAAAAUGCUGGCAGACACUGGGCCUGUGAAGAAUAAAUUCAGUCUGGGAGUGUCGGCCAUCAAGUGCCUGAAGAUGGAGGGUUUGUUGGUGGGCUCCGGAGCCGGCUUGCUGUUCUUUUGUAAAAGUCCCAACUACAAACCCAUUAAGAAAAUUCAGUUACAAGGUGGCAUCAGUUCCAUCACACUUCGAGGCGAGGGACACCAGUUUUUUGUCGGAACAGAAGAAUCACACAUUUAUUGCAUCAGCUUCACAGACUUCAAAGAGACUCUCAUUGCCACUUGUCACUUUGAAGCUGUCCAGGACAUUGUCUUCCCAUUUGGCACCGCUGAGCUGUUUGCCACCUGUGCCAAGAGAGACAUCCGAGUGUGGCACACAUCAUCCAACAGGGAGCUGCUGCGGAUCACGGUGCCCAACAUGACCUGCCACGGCAUCGAUUUCAUGAGGGACGGCAAGAGCAUCAUCUCAGCCUGGAACGACGGUCGCAUCCGAGCCUUCGCCCCAGAGACGGGCCGCUUGAUGUACGUCAUCAGCAGUGCCCACAGGAUCGGGGUGACAGCCAUCGCCACCACCAGCGACUGCAAGAGGAUCAUCAGUGGUGGCGGGGAAGGGGAGGUGAGGGUGUGGCAGAUCGGCUGCCAGACCCAGAAGCUGGAGGAGGCCCUGAAGGAGCACAAGUCCUCUGUGUCCUGCAUCAGGGUAAAGAAGAACAACGAGGAGUGUGUCACGGCCAGCACAGACGGAACCUGCAUCAUUUGGGACCUCGUGCGUCUUAGGAGGAAUCAGAUGAUCCUGGCCAACACCUUAUUCCAGUGUGUUUGCUACCACCCUGAAGAAUUCCAGAUCAUCACCAGUGGAACAGACAGAAAGAUUGCUUACUGGGAAGUAUUUGAUGGGUCAGUCAUCAGAGAGCUGGACGGCUCCUUGUCUGGGUCAAUAAAUGGUAUGGAUAUCACAGUGGAAGGAGUGCACUUUGUCACAGGUGGAAAUGACCAUCUGGUCAAAGUUUGGGAUUAUAACGAGGGUGAAGUCACUCAUGUUGGGGUGGGACACAGUGGCAACAUCACACGCAUCCGGAUCAGUCCAGGAAACCAGUACAUCGUUAGCGUAAGCGCCGACGGAGCCAUCUUGAGAUGGAAGUACCCGUACGCCUCGUGAAGCACUGGGGGCCUCCCGGAACCUCGGCGUCACUUCUAAUGAAGACUCCGUUCAGACGUCGCAAAGGCUGGGCUGGAUUUCUCACCUCUGUGUUUUUGUUCUUUAGUCAAAAUAUUUUAUAUAUGACUUUCUGUUUUCCUUUGUAGAAGGCAUUUUACAUUUUUAAGUUUUAUAUUAAAAUUGAAAUAUGUUCAAGGAUAAUUUAUACACUGUGUAAUUAAAGUAUUGA